CCUCCUCCUAACCACCACCACCGCCUCCUCCGCCCUGUGGUCUGUCAUGUGAGCCGUAGCCUACCUCCAAAAAAGUUGCCCGUGUUGUUUGGUAGGAGGGGUCGACGGCAGCCCUGCUUUUCCUGAAGGAUCAAGAAACGGCUUUAACACUGAGCUGCUGCUGCUGCUUCUUCACGGCGCCGCAGGUUCUCUUCACAGCGACAGCAUGGAGCACGCUGGCCUGACCUUCCCAGCGGCGUCGAGCAGCUUCUGAGGGGUGGGCAUUUCACUUGUGAGGAGAACGACAACUCAAAUUCUCACGGGAUAAAACUUUCUUUUCCGGUCAUUUUGGACGUUUCUGUCAUUUCUGGGAGGAAACGAGCAACAGGUCUUUAACAGAAAGCUGUCAAACCUUUACCUCGGAAUGCUUUGCCGACCCGCCACGCGCGCUCUCUGGGCUUUUUGAGCUGUGAUGAUAAAGUAACCGCGGUUCUUAUUCCACUGGGCUGCUUUGAGGAGGAGGAGGAGAAGGGAACAAACAAACAUGAGAACUGGCAGAUUUUUCCUCGUUUCGCUCGUUUUCUUGGUGGAGCUCUUUAUCUUGGCCUGCGCGCAGGUGAAGGACCCAAGCCAGAGAGCCGAGGCUGAGCGGGACAGGUUCGUCCAGCGCAGCGCCAACAUGUCUGCGCCUCGACGGCCGCGGCUUCUGCCGCCCAUGUGCACGGGCCCCACGGAGAUCAGAGACACCUUCAAGUACAUCAACACGGUGGUCUCGUGCCUGGUGUUCGUGGUGGGCAUCAUUGGCAACUCCACCCUGCUCAGGAUCAUUUACAAAAAUAAGUGCAUGCGCAACGGGCCCAACAUCCUCAUCGCCAGUCUGGCUCUAGGGGACCUGCUGCACAUCGUCAUAGAUAUUCCCAUCAACGUGUACAAGCUUCUGGCUGAAGACUGGCCUUUUGGCGUUGGACUCUGUAAACUGGUACCUUUUGUUCAGAAGGCAUCAGUUGGCAUCACGGUGUUGAGUUUAUGCGCCUUAAGCAUAGACAGGUACCGCGCAGUAGCAUCCUGGAACCGCAUUAAAGGUAUUGGAGUGCCUAAGUGGACAGCCAUCGAGAUCACUCUGAUAUGGUUUCUCUCCAUUGUCCUGGCAGUGCCAGAGGCCAUUGCCUUUGAUAUGAUCGCUAUGGACUACAAAGGAGAGCAUCUCAGGAUCUGUCUGUUGCAUCCAAUGCAAAAGAGCCAAUUCAUGCAGUUUUAUAAGUCAGCAAAAGACUGGUGGCUCUUCAGCUUUUACUUCUGUAUGCCGCUGGCCUGCACAGCCAUCUUCUACACCCUCAUGACUUGUGAAAUGCUGAGAAAGAAGAACGGCGUCCAGAUCGCCCUGAAUGACCACCUAAAACAGCGACGUGAGGUGGCCAAGACGGUGUUCUGUCUGGUGCUGGUCUUUGCCCUCUGCUGGUUGCCUCUGCACCUGAGUCGUAUCCUCAAACUGACCAUUUAUAAUGAGGAAGACCCCAACCGCUGUGAACUUCUGAGCUUCUUUCUGGUCCUUGACUACAUUGGGAUCAACAUGGCAUCAGUGAACUCAUGCAUCAACCCAAUCGCUUUAUAUAUGGUCAGCAAGCGCUUCAAGAACUGCUUCAGGUCUUGCCUUUGUUGCUGGUGCCUGCCUCCUGAGAUGUUAGCCAUGGACGAGAAGCAGUCCUGCAUGAAGCUGAAAACGACGGAUCGAGGAUCAGAACAAAGCAACAGUCGAAUCUCCAACAAGUACACGUCCACUUAACUACUGGGCUUGGCACACUCGUUUUGUGAAACUAGCUUUAAACAGAAGUUUCCUAAACUGGACUGGGCCCAAGCCUAGGCUAAAAAGAUCUUCAAUGGUGAUUCAUUAUUUACAUUGCAACUUAGUCCAAGACAAGGCUUAAUCUGUGACCGGGAAGCUGGCCCUAAGUUAGAAUUGUUUCAGGGUCUAUUCUGGAAUGAUACAGUACAUAAUUGGAGACAGUAUUGGGGUAUUUGUCACAACUACUGGGCCACAAAAGAAGCUAGGUUCUCUAUAUCUAGAUGGACACAAUAGUAUUUUUUAGCGAUGGCUCAAAAUUCCCAUUCAUAGGAAUCAUGUGUUCCUAGGGAUGUAAAAACACAUCUGAAGGUGGUGAUUCUGCAUCUAUGGUUUAAACAGAGACAGACUCUAAUAAUAUUCAAGUAUGCACUCGUUUUUUUUCUCAAAGGUAAAAAAUUCCAUCAUAGUAUAUUGUUUUUAUUGCUUAUUUUCCACUAUAUGUAAAUAGUUCAUGUAGUUACAUUUAUGUAUUUUGUGUUUUUUAAAAAUUCCAAAUUGUACCAUAAUCGUAUAAAAUAGUAUUAUGGUGAAAUUUGAGAUUAUUACGUUAAAUAGUUCAUGAAGAAUCAAAUUGAAUUCUUCAGGUCAAAGAUUUACACCCCAUUGGUUCCAGUAUUGACUUGUUGGCCAAGUAUGCAGUUUUCCUAUUGGCUUGCCUGAUGGAAUUCUUUUCCACUAGACAGAUCUAGUGAGAUGUUAGACCAUUUCUUUGUGCGAUGAAAGUUAUAAAUGAAUGCUAGCAUGUAUUACGCUUUGUAGUCUAUAUAAAGGCCAAAGAAAGAUUACUCAAAUGUACUGAUGUAAUUAUGUUAAACGUUCAACCACACUUAAAGGCCUGGAACUACAAUGCCUGCUUUGUUCUGAAAUUGCUUAUCCAGAGACGACAUCUCUGUUGGAUAUUCCAAGGGUUUAGAGACAAUGGCCCUAUUUCUUCAGCUCCUUUAUCACUACAUACCUAUAUUUACUGAGUUGGAGUUCCCAGAACAUGACAGUUUCACUGAAGGGGGCUGAAUUGUGAACUUUAAGUUACUGAUGCUUGUAUAACGUGUGCUAUGUGGAUUUUGAGGACUGUGGAGUUAAACUAUUGUUUCAAAACUGAUACGACCCUUUCGAAUGGGUCAGAAGAGAGUGUUUAAUAUGUUCUGUCCUUCCAGUAAUGGAAAUGCCUGCAGUAUGGAAAAAUAUAUAAUAUUCCAGUGCAUUAAAAGCUCUUGUUUUAAUGUUUAAUCAGGUUAUGCUGAAAUGUUGGUCAUAAGGUCAUUAUAGUAGUUUGAAUGUAAGUACUUAAAACAUAUAAAAAUGCAGAAAUUCAUCUCAUUGUUAUGUAAAACUCAAAGCUGUAGGCUGGUAGGAACAAGAGCUUAUGAUAGCUGUGCCUUUUAUCAGCUUUGUAUCACUUUCAGUAUUAGUGGCUGACUCUGCUUCCUUCUUUAUUGCUAUAAUUACCAUAUGUGCCUUGUCUAUAUUUAGAUAGCUUAGAGUUACCAAGUUGUGCCAUUACAUACUGGUUACUCAAUUGAACUGUGAUUGUAACUCUCUGUUGAAGGUCUUAGAGUUAAUGUACAUGUUCUACAUCAUCUGAAAACAAUACUUGGUUUUGUAUUUACUGAGUUAAGUUUUUGUUUUGAGAAGACAGAAUGUAUCUAUUACACUUUGUGUGUUUGCAUCUUUGUGCUAGCAAGGAGGCUGAAUAUAUUAUUAGCAUUGAUCCAAUUUGAAUAUAUCCUUCUCAUAACAUGAACGAUCUCUGUUCAUCAUAAACGACGUUCGGUUCGGAUAAAUCAAGGACAGAACUGGGUCAGAGAGAAAGAACCGUUAUGUGACCAAAUCAGUAGACCUUACUGAACACAUGUAGCCCACUUGCUUAAUUAUGGACUUAAAUUAAGGUAAUAAACUUUUGCGAGUCAUAAACUUUUCAGAUCUUAUAAAGAAGCUACAGAGAGCACAUUGAAGCAGCUCUUUCUAUUGAUAUAUGGGCUUUAAACUGAAACUUCAGUCAUUUCAACCUCACUUGUUUCUUACUAAUAAAGAGCAUUUGAACUGAA